AUGGAGGAGAGGCAGGGGCUUCUCGAAGAUCUGAGAAGCCAGCGUCAGUCCUUUCAAGCAGUAGCAGCACAGACGCCGAUCUCGGAAAAUAAAAAGAGACCGGCGAUGAGUCCACCAGAGGGACCGGAAAAGAAUGUACUAAAGCAGGCGAACGGAAGUUUCACAGUGGCAACUGUCAGGGGGAAAAGACAGCGCACUGGAGACAACCCCCAAGUAGAAAAAAAGAAGAAGAAAAAAUUGGAGGAAGGAGCAUGGGACGAGGGAGUGACAGUGGUGCCGGCAGGACCAAGUACCAGGACGCCAAAUCUAGGACCAGGUACGAAGCCGACGACGGCAGCCAAGGACGAACGGAGGCCGAGGAGGAAGCAACGACCGGAGACGGUGCUGAUUAACCCAGGUGAGUCCCGGUCUUUUGGUGAAGUUCUGAGGGCUUUGCGCUUGGGACUUCAUCUGGAGGAAUUGGGUUUAAGGGUUAAGGCCGUGAGAACUGCCAGAAAAGGUGGUCUUCUUAUUGAGUUCGAGGGAUCUGUUAAAGAUCGCUCGGCACUCGGUAAUAAGAUCACUGACGUAGCCGGAGGAGACGUGGAGGUGCACCAUCUUGUCCCUACCGCUACGUUGGUAAUAGACGGGAUGGACUCCGCUACGACGGUCGAAGAGGUUAAGGCGGCCUUGGCGGAAACUAUCGGAUCCGUCGGCGCUUUCAUCGGGGCUGGACUUGGGGCUGCUGCAGCCUUGGAGACCUUGGGAAAGGCCAAGGUCGGCUUGCUAGUUCGCCGAAUCCGCCGUUGGGAGCGACUCGAUCGGUGCUACCGCUGUCAUGGACUGGGCCACUUAGCCGGCUCGUGCAGGGUAGGGGAGGACCGAAGUGGUUGCUGCUGGCGGUGCGAGCAAUACCAUUCUGUGUCUGGGCCAAAUUGGUACUGUGACCCUACGGGCACAGCGGCAGUUUGGGUUCCGGAUCGAAGUCGCCUUUCUGUGCGUAACAGUGGAUCGAGGGACGGCAUUGUGUGGGUCGUGACACCAGCAGUUACCUUCGUGUCGUGUUAUUUCACCCCCAGCGAGCCUAUUGCGGAUUUCCGAAAGAAGGUUGACAACCUCGAGCGAGUAGUUCGCCAUCUUGAAGGAGAGAUAGUGAUAGGUGCGUUUGCGUCUUCGGAAGCAAGCACUUAG